UGCUUUUACGAUUUUAACCAUUUGAUGACUCAAAGUCCAAACAGUCCCGGCUAUAGCAGGUAGCAGAGAAGGCCAGCAGGGCCACGGCCCAAGUUUGAAAUAACGUAAAACAAGUAUACACCACAUGGCAAAAGCCCUCGUUCAAAACUCUGCACACUGUCUACACGACAACGGAUUCAUCCAGAACGUGUAGUUUCCAUAACAUGAAAGCUCACAAAAUCCUCAGCUCUCAAAUCCUUAAAAAAAAGAAGCCAAAACCAGUUGUUCUUAUUCACCAUGGACACUCUCUCUUCUCCGCACUUCUCUCUUCAACCUCGCAACCAAUCACGUCUGACCAAUCUCAAUCUCCAUCUCCAAACGCUUGUCAAACAUCACAAAUAUCCCCUGCAGUCAUACUUGAAUCAGUCCGCUCUUCUCAGUGGCAUUUCAUCGAACAUCAAUCACCAAACCUCGACCCAUCUCUUAUAUCAACCGUCCUCUUUAAUCUUCACAAAACCCCAGAAUUAGCUCUCCAAUUCGCGUCUUGCAUCGAAUUCCACCGACUGGAUAUCAAAACCCGUUGCCUUGCCAUUGCAGUCGCCUCACGUCUCCCAUCUCCCAAACCCACUUUACAACUCUUAAAGCAAACCGUUUCUAGUGACAUUGCUAGUGUAACAGUCAUUUUCGAUGAGCUGGCAGUUGCUCGUGAAAGGUUAGGUAUUUCAACGACCAUUCUUUUUGAUUUGUUAAUAAGAGCUUGUUGUGAAAUGAAGAGGGUGGAUGAAGGAUUACAGUGCUUUUAUAUGAUGAAAGAAAAGGGUUUAAUUCCAAAGAUCGAGACUUGUAAUGAUAUUUUAAGCACCUUUUUGAAGUUGAAUAGAACUGAGAGUGCUUGGGUUUUGUAUGCUGAGAUGUUUAAAAUGAGGAUUAAGUCGAGCAUAUACACGUUUAAUAUAAUGAUAAAUGUGUUGUGCAAGGAAGGGAAGCUAAAGAAAGCAAAGGAUUUUAUUGGGUUCAUGGAGAAUUUAGGGGUUAAGCCGAAUGUUGUUACUUAUAAUACGAUAAUUCAUGCUUAUUGUUCGAGGGGAAGAGUUGAGGGAGCUCGUUUGGUUUUGAAUGCGAUGAGAAGUAAAGGUAUUGGGCCGGAUUCUUACACAUAUAGCUCUCUUAUUAGUGGUCUGUGUAAGGAGAAAAGACUUGAGGAGGCAUCUGAGAUGUUUGAAAAGAUGAAAGAAAUGGGGUUGGUUCCAAGUGCUGUGACUUAUAAUACCUUAAUUGAUGGUUAUUGCAAUAAGGGGGAUUUAGAAAAGGCAUUUUGUUAUCGGGAUGAAAUGGUAGAGCGAGGUAUAUUACCGACUGUCUCAACAUACAAUUUGUUAGUUCAUGCUCUGUUUAUCGAAUGUAAAAUGGGUGAGGCUGAUGAUUUGGUUAAAGAAAUUGGAGAAAGGGGGUUGGUUCCUGAUCAGAUUACGUAUAACAUCUUAAUUAAUGGAUACGCCAGGUGUGGAAAUGUGAAGAAAGCAUUCAGUUUUCAUGAUGAAAUGUUAACCAAGGGGAUUCAACCUACACGGGUAACUUAUACAUCACUUAUUUAUGUUUUAAGUAAACGGAAUAGAAUGAAGGAAGCAGAUGACCUUUUUGAAAAGAUAAUGAGUAAGGGCAUUACGGUAGAUGUUGUAAUGUUCAAUGUGUUGAUUGAUGGUCAUUGUGCCAAUGGCAAUAUGGAGCGUGCAUUUUCAUUAAUGAAGGAAAUGGAUAAACUGAAUGUUCCUCCUGAUGAUGUGACUUACAAUACUUUGAUGCAAGGGCAUUGUAGGGAGGGGAGAGUUGAAGAAGCUCGUCAGCUUCUUGAUGAGAUGAAAAGAAGGGGAAUUAAACCUGAUCACAUUAGUUUCAACACUCUAAUUAGUGGGUAUAGUAAGAGAGGUGAUAUGAAGGAUGCAAUGAGAGUUCGUGAUGAGAUGUUGAGUAUAGGUUUCAAUCCCACCCUUCUCACUUAUAAUGCCCUUAUACAAGGUUUUUGCAAAAACUGGGAAGGAGAUCUUGCUGAAGAUCUCCUAAAGGAGAUGAUUAGUAAAGGCAUUACCCCUGAUGACAGCACUUACUUGUCUUUGAUUGAGGGUAUGGGGAAUAUUGAUCACUCUGUAGAAAGUUGUAACUCUAGUUGAUUGGGAGGACAAAGAAAGGUGUGUGGGCAUGUUUGUAAUUUGUUUGCAUGGUUGUUUGUCCAAAAGCAAGCAAUUGUAUGAUGCACUGUGUUCAACAAAUUGGAACAACAUGUACGGUCAAGAUGAAUGGAGAUGAAGAGUAUGGCAGAUUUCUAUAUUACAUGGGCCCUUCUUUGACAUGGACAAUGGCACAAUGCAAUGGACUUUACUGAUGCCAAAACUUUCAGAGCUGGAAAUGAAACCAGAAGUCAAGGCAAAUUCCCUGCUUACGCAACGUGCUGAAUUCUCCAAAGUUGCUUGCCUUCUUAGUUAAAUAAAGAGAAAGCAUCUAAAAGUCAUUUACAGAUUUUGUUGGAGUACACUGCAACCGGAGGUUGAUUUAAUUAACUGUGUAAUCUUUUUACUUGAUUUUUUUCACAAAAUUGAUUUGUUUACCCGUUCUCGAUGCCCCACUCUAGUCAAGAAUAGGAAAGGGUUAAACGUGUGUAGUAAGGGUCAAAACCUGGAAAACUUGAGUCAAUAUUUGACUUGUAAUAGCUAAUUGAAGUGAUAGUAAAUUAGAUUGUUAUGCAAAAUUUGAGAUUUUGAAGGGUACUUCCAAAUUCCAAUAUAUACAUAUAACAUCUAGUAGCGCAUUUUAUAGUUGAUUUUCAGGGUCUUCCAUAGAUGCUUGUGCUUUAAUGCAAGUUGGGGAUUUCGAAAUGACUCCAGGCAUCAUCUCCAAAGGAGGUGGGGGCAAUUAAGAUAUAGGAAUGCAACUCUCCACCCUGGUUGAGUACCCCAGUAGGAGUGAAGAGCCUAGGUGAUCACCUCCUAAACAUCGUUGAGUACUAUUAGCUAAAUAUCUGGUCGUUUGACUCAUAUUUGCUGCAAGUUGAUUGCUUGCAAUACUAUCACCAACAACUAAAAGUGCAUUAUGGGAGCUGUCAUUUUCUCAUGCACAAAUUGGUAAACAAGACUUUGUUAUGGCCUUAGUUGCUUGGAUUAAGCUCUGCUGCACAUUCCAUAAUAUGCAGCAGAACGUGAGACAAUUCAUAUUCUAAUCAAUUCGAAAUAAACCUGCAUGAGUUUUAAAAGGAACUUGCAAAAUUAAAGUUUCUGUGUAGUAGACUUUCCUUAUUGCAGGAGAUGUGAUUUGCUAUUACCUUUUUAGUGGAGCUGAAUCAAUAGAAAAUAUACAUAUCCUACAUGUCACUAGAAUAUCUUCCUGGAAUAUUAUCAACCUUUUCUUUUUUUUUUUGUCGUUAAUUAACUGCUUUGUAAAUGAAGUCCCGUGGAGAAAUGCUUUUCUUGGCUGAGUGGAAACAUCUUUUUUUAUUCAUGGUUAUUUUAUCGGAGACAUCUCAUUCUCCACUAGUUGGUAAUUGAAGGUUGUUCUGUCCCUCAAAAUCUUGAAUGGCCAUGCCCUUUGUACCUUAAAUGAAAUUAAUAAUUGGUUUCCAUGGUGGUUUUACAGUAAACAAUCAACAGCAAAGAUGAAAUUUGUGUUUGUUAGGUCUUGUGACAUUGACGUAUUCCAGAGUUGAUAUGGACCAUCAUCCUCCGGCAUGCAACCCUGAUUUUGUGCUCAUAUAAAUUUUGGACAUCUUGAAGUGAAGCAGUUAGUGUCUUCUUCACUCAUUUACUUUGUGUAUACAGUUAAUCUUAUCUGAUGUACCAUCCUUCUCUUUAACUUUUGAAAGGCUUCAAAUAAAUGGCUGUCUUUUCUUCUCAUUUUUGUUUGUGGAAACACAUGCGAUGUGCACUAAAACAUUUGAAUAUGUUAUCCCCCUGUGAACUUUUGACACGAUAUAUCUACAUUUUCUUCUGGUAUUUAAGUUUUGGCUGGGAUCAAAACAGAUACAAAACCACCAUACCCGAAA